AUAGCAAAUGUGCAGAAUGAAGUGCAAGUGUAAAUAUUUUUAUGUAUAUUUCAGAAGGAAACUGAACUGUGCCAGACCGGGCGUCCUGAUGCAAUGUGGGUUGCCUUGCUGAGAGCUCAGCUUUUUUUUUUAGCUUUGGAAAUGUUGCAAAGCAUCAGCACUGAAGCUCAACCGCAGAGGGUUAGAACAGAGAAAGGCUAUUGAGGGUAAAGAAUGGGACUGCGUGGGAAAUGAGGCUUUCUGCUGAGGGAGGGUUCAAAACCUCUGUGAAACCUGUGUUUUUACUCGGGGCUUCAGUUUGGCUGUUUUUUCUUUCAGAAACAUUUGCUGAGGUUGACUAGAAUGCUCAUUUGUAGUCACUGUUCAGUCAAGAGGAAGCAGUAUUGAUAAACCAAUAAAUAAGAAAGUUCUGUAUUCUGCAAGGUGGCUCUGUGUUACCAGUGUGAUUUCCACACCUUUGAUCCCUGUGUCUAUUUUUGCCCGAGGAAAAUAGGGUUGAGCAUGAACGCGAUACAAUCUCUGCUCAUUUUGACUUGCAGUGGCAUUUAGCCCUCGUUCCACCUACUUGACACACAAGGUUAAGUGGUGACAAUGAGUGUUGCAGUUGAAGAUAAGGUCCUCCAUAUGACCUAACACUGGCUUUGCAACCUUUAAUAAUUGUAUUAACUUUUCAUGAGUGCUUGGAUGAGUCCAUCUGCUCUGGCUAUGUUUUAACUUGGUGUUUCGCACAUGUGAGUUCCCUUCCGCAGUUCCUGUUGGAGAGAUUCUUCAUGCCUUUGGGCAUCGUGCUGGUCCUGAAUAGCUUCUGGUACCCAGCCAAGUGUAGCUGCGGUUCCUCUCUGGGUAAGUAAUCACAGCAUACAGGCAGAAGUGUGAAAGGUACCUUGAGGAAAGGCUGUUUGUGAAGAUAGGUGCUCAUUGACAGAAUCAGCUGCAAAAAAACCCCAGCGAUAAUAAACUUCAGAAAAGGAACAAGGUAUCUGCAUGAGCGUACACACAUGCUGACUAUGAAAAGAAAGGUACAUUUCAGAAUGUGUGAGCAGAAAUACACUGCUUUUUAGUUUUCAUGUUAUCAUGCAAAAUGACUUAAUGAGUAAACUGAAACCAGCCCCAAACACAGCUUUUGCUGAAUUGGUUAAUAAAAAUAACAUUAUGCAAUGGUUUAACAGAGGUAUUCAGGAGUAUCAGGUUAAUUUUAACUAGUUGCAAAUUUUUCUUCAUGGCAAACUGUUCAUUUGAAUGCAUUUUAAAGUCUCAUAAAGAAGGGUGCUAAGGAAAUUAAACAUACUACAACUAAAGAUGUGGAUACUUUUGCUUUUUACAGCUCUGUGUGCACUGGAAUCAGUUCUGAUGAAAGCUGGUGGUGUAUUUGAUUUUUUCCAUGCAAUAAAGCUUUUUCAUUAAUUAUAUUGGAAGUAAAACUGCCACUGGUUUGCAUAAUUUAGUUCUCAAUUUGAUUGUGAUAUUAUUGUCCUGUCAACAAGUGCCUUAGUCUACUCAUUUUCACAGGUAGUUACCCAGCAAUGGGAACUUCUCCUUUAACUUGAGAACACGACAGUAUCGGCUGACAAGCAGACUCUUGCUGCUUAUUGAGAAACAUUCGUGAUCCCCGGUCUUGUCUUGGGUCACAGAUGUCUCAGAGUUUUCUGUAAUGUAUUACUCAGGUUUGCUGGACCGAGGAAAGCAGAACGGCUUCAGUGCAGUUUCAGUUCAGACUAUCUUACUCAUUAAUCUUAAAAUGAAAAGCAGACGUUUUCUUACAGCAAAGCAAAGGGUUAAAUUCUUCUUUACAAAAUUAAAAAGGUAAUUGCAAAAGAAAAGGUCGAACGGGAAUCUAAUGCAAGCUUGAAAUAUAGCUGGCACCGCUAGUUAGAAUAAAUUUUCAUACUUCUCAGAAGCUUUCUUUAGAUGAAUCCCUUCUUGCCUUCAGCUCUCCUCCAAGGUGCUAUUUUAUGUGGUGGAGUAAGCUGAGUCCAGAAUAUGCCAAGGUGCCCCCUCUCCCCCUAGUUUGCUCAUACCUGAAGAAUUCAUUACAUGCUUCAUGAAUUUAAUCUUAAAAUUCAUUAAGAUUAAAUAAAUCUUCAUCCAUUUAUUCACCUCUGCUUCUUUCUUCCUUGCUAAUUAAUCUUACUGAAGCAUGCUGUAUUAGUUCAGAGGCUUGUGGGCGUGAGGUGUGGGUUUCGGUUAUUUACACCUGCCUUUGCAACACAGUCUCUGCUCAGUUGAUCUGCUCGCUAGGCUCAUGUCCCCGUUCAAGACAUUAAUUGAAUGGCUGCUUUUUUGGAUUCCUCCAUCCCCAGAUUGCCCUAUAUUGCUGUGUUCUUCAUGGCUUCUUUAGAGCUUUCAUAUCGUAGCAAAUAUUCUCUAUAGUUAAUUUUUUAUAAUUUUUUUAAGAAAGCUGCGAUGUGGGGCAUCCCUGAUAACCAUCUGAGGCAUCUCUAGUGUAAAGAUAACUGACCUGUAAAGGUUUUGAACUGUGCCAGUUUGCCCCUGUUACUAGCUUUUGAGAUCUAAGCUUUUGCCAUCUGUCAGUGUACUACAUUAAUUAGUCUGCUUGCUGAGGAAAAUAACUCAGUGGGGUAGAGCUCUGCAAGAGAUUUUGACAUGAAGAGAAGUUGGUGGUGAGGGUUCUGCUUCCUCUUUUCUGUGUGUGCAAAAGAGGAGAUGCAGUUGACAAAUUUCUAGAACGCCUUUGUAACCAUCAGCAGCAGACACGAAAUUAGAAAUGCGGAAUUAUUUAAAGGAUCUUGCCUCGGUGAAUACCACAGAUACGUUUAUUUCCUCCUAAACCAUACAGUUAUGUAAAUAUUACAGAAGUAAAUGUAUUUUGAGUCCAGACUGUUAGAAGUUUACUUUCAUUGUGCUCUUAAUACCUGCAUUGUAGGGAAGCUUGAUUAAUUCCUAGAAUUGUAUAGCCUAUAUAAGAAAAACCUGCUCUUUCUACUUCCUGAGGUACUAAUUAUUAAGGAAUUAGCAUCUCCUGUGAGAUUCCCCAGCUUGAAGAUUAUCUGUGUUUGAAAUUCUGUUUUGAGGAUGUUAACCGUGUAUGCAGAGGUCUUUUGCUGGUUCUUCGAGCGGAGAUGAAUUCCACGCACAAAUGGGCUGGACUCAUCACUGAGACAUUUUGAACAGAUAACAAAGAUAUGCUUCUAUGUUUCUGUAAGGAACCAAGAUAAACCUGGAAGGCAUAAUGGGACCCCUUACAAAUAUCUAUGUCUUUGCUUGUGUCUUUACAUUUACGCUAUGGAAUAAUAUCCAGCCAGCUGUGGCAAAUGAAUUUAUUGCAAAUUAUUCAAGCAGUUUACUAACUAAUGUUCCAAAAAACAUUCCAGUCCAUACUCAUGUAUUAGAUUUAUCACAUAAUAGGAUCUCUGGACUUAGUAUCUCAGAAUUUAUUUAUCUUUCUGACCUUCAAGUAUUAAAUCUUUCUCAUAAUCUAAUUACGGAGAUUGACUUCAGUGUCUUCAUUUUUAAUGAAGAUUUAGGAUACUUAGAUUUAUCUCAUAAUAACAUUUUGAAAGUUUACUGUCAAACUCUUGCAUAUCUUAGGCAUUUAGAUCUUUCUUUCAAUAAGUUUUCUGCCCUGCCCAUCUGUCAGGAAUUCGGGAACAUGUUUCGUUUGGAGUACCUAGGUUUAAGUGCCACAAUGAUACGAAGGUCAGACUUCAGGUAUAUCAUACAUUUGCAGCUGCAUGCUGUCUUGCUAACCUUAGAAGAUUUUUCUCUGUAUGAGCCUCAGAGUCUGACAGCCUUGAAUACAAGGAGCCUCCAUAUUGUUUUUGCAGCAAACCAAAACUUCAGUUUUUCCCUCCUGUAUGAUGGAAUGAGCACUUCAGAAAUCUUAAAAAUAGUUAACCUAAGAUAUACCUUGAGCUACAAAGAUUUCCCCCCUCCUUCUUUAAUGCUUCUGAAGAAAAUCAAGACAACAGCUCUGAUGCUUGACACUGUGGACUUACAAUGGGCUAUCAUUUUGCAGAUUUUCCUGUUUAUUUGGUAUUCACCUGUGGAGCAUUUGACUGUGAGAAAUUUGACUUUUUGGGGACCACUGGGGGAGCUGCCCGAGUAUGAAAUUCUACACUUAUUAAGCUCUCUGGGACAAUUAAUGUCUUUGGAUGGCUCCAUGAAAACAUUGACUUUGGAGCAUGUUCGUAAUAAAGUUUAUUAUUUCAACCAAGAGAUUCUAUACAGACAGUUUUCAGAGAUGAAUAUUGCCAGUUUGACAAUAUAUGAUGCAUAUAUGCCACACAUGCUUUGCCCCAAUAGAACAAGCUCAUUUCAGUAUUUAAAUUUUUCUCACAAUGCCCUGACAGAUGAAUUGUUCCAGAAUUGUGGCACUCUGAUAGAUCUGAAAUUACUUAUUUUGAAGAGGAAUAAAUUUGAGAGCCUGUCUAAGGUAAGCUCCAUGACCAGCCGUAUGAAAUCACUGAAAUAUUUGGACAUGAGCAACAACUUGCUGAGUCACGAUGCAGCUGAUGGGCAAUGCCAAUGGGCUGAGUCUCUGACAGAGUUGGACCUGUCCUCAAAUCAGUUGAUGGAUGCCGUUUUUGAGUGCUUGCCAGUCAACAUUGAAAAACUCGACCUACAGAACAAUCAGAUCAACAGUGUGGCCAGGGGGACGGCUGAGCUGAAAUCCUUGAAAGAGCUGAACCUGGCGUCAAACAGGCUGGCUGACCUGCCGGGGUGCAGUGGCUUUCCGUCCCUGGAGUUCCUGAACAUAGAGAUGAAUUCAAUCCUCACCCCGUCUGCCGACUUCUUCCAGAGCUGCCCAAGGGUCAGGGAGCUACAAGCCGGGCACAACCCGUUCAAGUGUUCCUGUGAACUGCAAGACUUUAUCCAUGUGGAGAGGCAGUCUGGGGGGAAGCUGUUUGGCUGGCCAGCGGCAUACGUGUGCGAGUACCCAGAAGACUUGCGAGGAACACAGCUGAAGGACUUCCACCUGACUGAACUGGCUUGCAACACGAAGAACGAGCUGAUCCCAAACCUGGAGAAGGGGGAGGGCCGUGUACAACUGUGCCAGCACGAGAGAAACUUUAUCCCCGGCAAGAGCAUUGUGGAGAACAUCAUUAACUGCAUUGAGAAGAGCUACAAGUCGAUCUUCGUGUUGUCUCCCAACUUUGUGCAGAGUGAGUGGUGUCACUAUGAGCUGUACUUUGCCCAUCACAGAUUAUUCAGUGAGAAUUCCAACAGCUUAAUCCUCAUUUUACUGGAGCCGAUCCCUCAGUAUGUUAUCCCUGUGAGGUACCACAAGCUGAAGGCUCUCAUGGCGAAGCGAACCUACCUGGAGUGGCCGAAGGAGAGGAGCAAGCGUGCCCUUUUCUGGGCUAACCUGAGAGCCGCUAUUAGCAUUAACCUGCCAAUAUCCUUUGAAGAUAAUGAGGAGCAGAGUGAUGCUACUUCUAGUAGUAGUGAAAGUCUGUAUGUGAAUAACUGACUUGAGUGUCUUGCAUUGAAUUGUGUUAAUCACAUUUUUAUCAUUUUUUACAGUAUUCCUUGUUUAUAGCAAAAUGUAAUUGUGAUACAUACAGGAAUUGCUGUGCCUAUUUUAGGCAUGAAAAUAGUCACAAGUCUUCUGUAUUUGCCCAUCAUCUACAAAGGGAAAGACAGAGACAUUAUUUUCAUAGCGAUUACACUGAUUUUUGUAGACUUGGGUUGCCUUUAUUUUGGACUUUGCCCAUCAAUUCUAGCCAUAUUAGAAAGUAACAAAAGUAAUGGUUGGUUCAGUGUCAUUGGGAUUGUCAAGUCAUGCAUUUGAUCUUUGUUCUGACAUGGAUGCUGUGUGGUUAAGGUGGGAGGGAUCUGAUUCCUUGAGUUUAAGGAAAUAAUACAAAGAAGAAGAAAACUCUUGUUUAAAGCCUUUCCUGUACAUUGGUAUAGUAGGUGUCAAGGGUACGGUAUCCCUACACCUUCAGAUCUCGCUGGACCUUGUUAUGAGUCUGUUUUCCCUUCCUGUAAGUCUUUCCCUUCAUCACAGACAGAGAUUUUUCUGGUGUAAGAGCUGAAAGUUGGAGCCAUUAAUACCUCUUUAAUAUUCCUCUUCUUUCACUGUAUUAAACAUUCCCACUUGCCCGAAUUUACCUACCAAGUAAUAAUUUCAUAGCAUUUGCUAUUCAUUAUCUUCAAAAUAAUAGUUAAUAUCUGAACUUAUGAAAUUUUUAUCAUAUGAUAAUAUUGCUUCUUUCUGCUAUGAUCAUAUCAAGCUAUAUUGGGUUGCUUGUUUUCCAUUUUCUGAAAUGUAGUUAUAUAUUUCAAAUAAAAUAUUUUCCUUAUUAUGAACUCUUUCAACUGUAAGAGGGCAAAGAAAAACAAGAUGCCUCAAUCUAUUACUGUUUCAUUAUACAAAAAUUUCCUUCAGUUGUGCCACUGUCAUUCUUCUCUUAAAUUAUAAAAUAUAUUUUAUUGCUGUCGCUCUGCAGUAGCUAAUAAGUAACCUACAUUAUAAUGUAGUUUUAUAGGUAUUUAGAAUACCUUUUUUUGUGAUAAUAACGGGGAAACCCCUCAUAUUUAUAGAAAAUUGGCAAAGCUGCAAAUGAACAGUAGGAAACAGAACUUGCACAACUACUGCUAAAGAGUGAUAUCACCAGAGCUGUCACUAAAUUAGGUCAUUUAUUAAGUACUGAA